UAAAUAGUGCCUCCAACCUGCAUUCAUCACUUUCUUCUUUCUGAAGACUCUUAGCUGUCAGUGAGAGAAAACUUUGAAGCUUUUUCUUCUUCCAACACAUCGAACCCUCAACUUCAGGAAUCAUGCGUGAGUGCAUCUCUGUACACAUAGGGCAGGCUGGUGUCCAGAUUGGUGAUUCCUGUUGGGAGCUCUACUGUUUGGAACAUGGGAUACAGCCGGAUGGACAGAUGCCCAGUGACAAAACCGUUGGAGGAGGAGAUGACUCUUUCAAUACGUUCUUCAGUGAGACUGGAACUGGAAAGCAUGUCCCCAGAGCUGUUUUUGUAGACCUCGAGCCCUCUGUCAUUGAUGAAGUGCGCACUGGAACGUACCGCCAGCUGUUUCAUCCUGAACAGAUGAUCACUGGUAAGGAAGAUGCAGCCAACAACUAUGCCCGUGGACAUUACACCAUUGGAAAAGAGAUCAUCGACCAGGUUCUGGAAAGGAUCCGCAGACUGUCUGACCAGUGCACCGGCCUUCAGGGCUUCCUGAUUUUCCAUAGCUUUGGUGGAGGAACCGGCUCUGGUUUUACCUCCCUGCUAAUGGAGCGUCUUUCUGUGGACUACGGCAAGAAGUCCAAACUUGAGUUUUCAAUCUACCCAGCUCCUCAGGUGUCCACUGCUGUGGUGGAGCCUUACAACUCUGUCUUGACCACACACACCACCCUGGAGCACUCCGACUGUGCGUUCAUGGUGGACAAUGAGGCAAUCUACGACAUCUGCCAGAGAAACCUUGGCAUUGACCGUCCCGCCUACAGCAACCUGAACAGGAUCAUCAGCCAGAUCGUGUCCUCUGUUACUGCUUCUCUUCGUUUCGAUGGUGCCCUGAAUGUGGAUCUGACAGAGUUCCAGACCAACUUGGUGCCAUAUCCUCGCAUCCACUUCCCUAUGGCCACAUACGCCCCUGUGAUCUCAGCCGAGAAGGCGUAUCACGAGCAGCUUACAGUGGCUGAGAUUACUAACUCCUGCUUUGAGCCUGCCAAUCAGAUGGUUAAAUGUGACCCCCGCAUGGGCAAGUACAUGGCUUGCUGCCUUCUGUACCGUGGCGACGUGAUGCCCAAAGACGUCAAUGCUGCCAUUGCUGCAAUCAAAACAAAACGGUCUAUCCAGUUUGUAGACUGGUGUCCAACUGGUUUCAAGGUAGGCAUCAAUUACCAGCCACCCACUGUGGUUCCUGGGGGAGACCUAGCCAAGCUCCAGAGGGCAGUGUGCAUGCUGAGCAACACCACAGCUAUUGCGGAAGCCUGGGCUCGACUUAACCACAAGUUUGACCUAAUGUACACCAAGCGGGCCUUUGUUCACUGGUAUGUAGGGGAAGGGAUGGAAGAGGGUGAAUUCUCUGAGGCCAGGGAGGAUUUGGCAGCUCUGGAGAAGGACUAUGAGGAGGUUGGAGCUGAUAGCAUGGGAGAGGAAGAUGAAGGAGAAGAAUAUUGAACAGACAUGCAUACCUUGUCUAAAUUUCUAUUUCGGUAACAAUAACAAAGGUAGUUUUUGAUGCACUACUCUGCUUUACUUGACUUAUUUAAUCAUAUUUGUUCAGUAAAGCCCAUAAUUAUUCAUGAAUCUGGCAGGUUAGGAUUUUAUGUUAUUUAUAUUCAACCAUGAUGCUUCUUUCUGAUCGGAAAUGACAGACAAUUCCCAAAAGAUAACCCUGAUUUUAAAAAGCAUCUUUUUUUGUGUGAAUGUUUGAUAUUUUGUAAAUGGAAACUAAAUAUUGAUUGGAAACUGUAAAUGAUUUUACAAAAUGACAGUUUUAUCUUGUAAUGGGAUAGGAAGAAAAUGCUUUAAUCUGUACAUUUUUGAAAAUAAAUGUAAUAUGUGAAAAAUGUGAACAUUUUCAAAGCUGAAAUAAAAGUUGCAAUAAAAUAAAUACAUAAAAGUAAAUAAAUAAAAAAUAAAUAAAAGUUGUCUUAUGAAAAAUAUGUAUUCUGAUCUAUGUACAUUCUUACAACAUCUACUUUUUAAACUAUUCAUAUCCUUCUAAACAAUCAAUGAAAAAUAUUUUGUUGGUAUUACAACAAUCAUCUCGAUUUGUUUUAUUGCUGCUUUAUUUCUUCAAGUUUGGAGUUUCUUGUCAUCACACUAAUCUUUCGCUUCGUCCAAGGAUUCUCUAACAGUUUCAAACUGGGACGUUGGCUGGGCAACCCCAAAAUGUUAAGGCCCAUAGAAACAUUUAGAGCAGCUAAAUACAAAGACAUCCCACACUAUUCAGAUUUUAUUUUAUUAGGAAAAAAAAAAAAAACUUUCAUUCAUCUUCACAAUUAUUAGAGGUUAUGUACAAUGGAGGGAGUGGGUACUUUUACAAUUCACUGUAAUUGGAUGUAGUGUAUUUAGAACUAUUCAAGAUUAUCAAAUAUUAAGUAUUACUUUGCUUUUGCACUCAAUAAGUUACUUAUGUUUUAAAAAAGGGAAUGUUUGACCAACCUAUUCUUGCAUUGGUGGUUCAUCCUUCCUGCCAGUGUAGGUGUGUUACCCUGCAACCUCGGAUGGCUGAGGGUAAUGUAGAUGGUGAUCUUCCCUCAACGUGUGAUGCUGCGAUAUAGAAAAGACGAGACACACACGUUGAGCUGCUUUUACCUUCAACAGGAAGAUUUAUUCUUCUGGUGUGCUCAAUCUUUUCUUGGUCACUAACGCGUCAGCGCCCCUAGCGGCCAUGUGUAGAAUUGCAUGGACUAACUGAAAUAACACUACAGCACUUAUUACGCUGAGAAAUUAAAGAUACAAAAUGAAAAAUUA